CGGUCUCUUACGUGUGAAUUAAUGCCGAUGUUAUGAUGGCAGGUGAUGCCGGUAUGUCAGGUGCUGCGCUGAGCGCAUGACGAGACCCGAAGGAAUCAUAGAAGUGGCGGUUAGACAUUGGUAGCUUGGGAGAGUGGGAUGUUGGAAGAAGAAAAUAUCUUCUGGUUGUGCGGGUGAAGGGAGCAUCCGGAAGAGAGAGAAGAGAGAGGAGGGGGAGAAGAAGAUAGGAGAGAGAAUCUCCCUGAUAUCGGAUGUCUCUCGCAAGCGACUGUGGCAGUGUGAGGGGAGAUCCGAACAGUCGAAACGGGAGCUGGAGUAAAGGGGCAGGCAGCGGUAGAAGCUGCGGAGGGAGAGGGAGUGAACAGCAGAAGCGCGCGGCGUCACUCUCUCUCCCUCUGCCUACGUCUCGUGAGAAACCACGUCAGGAAAGGGAGAAGACGCCAAAGGGAAAGGAUAAGAAAGGACGACGGCGAGCUGAAUGUGACAUUGCAGAGAGCGCGCCGCGGCGCGAGCAAACAAGGAGAGCGCAGAGCUUCGACUGUGUGAGAACUUGUGCGGACUCGAUGCCUAGCUUGUCGCCAGACUCUGGGCGGUCGACCAAGAUCUCGCCAGUGGCUAUGGUUGCCAUCGAAGUCGACUGCAAUGGAAUUGUUCGCUCGCCCACGCCCUAUGUCGCGCUUAGUAGAAGGCUUGAGAGAGAAGGAUGCCGAGGAUUCGGCGAUGUCUUCCAUAGCAAUUACGGAGAGAAAGAGGAGCUGUCCGUGCUAGCUUCUCUCAAUCCGCAUCCCAGUCCGUACAACCUCAAGAACAAGCGUUCCUCCUUCACUCAUCUCGCCGUCCCUCUUCUCCCUUCGGUGUCGGGGAAGGGACCAGUGAGCUUGGACGCAACGGUGGACUGUGCGCGUCUCUGCGGUGUCGCGAUCGCCAUUUGCGUCUCCGCAUCCAAGUGCAAAUUGUGCAAGAAAGAGUGCGCGGAUCUCGUUGGCACCAUCGAAGACCUCUACUGGGAGAUCGAUCAAAUCACCUCCACGCUCUCGGAAAGUGUAAUGUACCAUGAAGCCGUAGAACAGUCCAUGAUGGAGUCGCUCAUCAGCACGAUGGGCGAGGCUCUGUCAGUUGUGCGGCGCUGUGAGAGGCAAGGCCAGGGGUGCCGGUGUCUCGGCAGUUGUUUCUCCACCUGGUGCAUGAUUCAUCGACCUGGGGUGAAGGCUCAGUUGAUGGACUUGCGACAGGAUCUGGUAGGCAUCAGAGCGAAGAUAAUCGUUUCGAUUGAUCUCUGCUCCUUCCUGAAAAGAUGGGCCGAGGAGUGCGACGAUGGCAACGGACGCUCAAGCGAGUCUAACGGCAGUGGAGCGUCAAAGGCGCCGCUCAAGGGGCGCCGGCGAUCACUGGCCAGAGUCUUACAAGAUGAAGACGACUCAACGGAUUAGCGGUACUAUUGUUUCUUGGUCGAAGAUGCAAACGGAAAGAACGAGCAGACGGCGGCGGCGGCGGCGGCGGAGGAGGAGGAGGAGGAGGAGGAGAGCUUGACGAACGAGAUGCUCGCAUAGAUCGGCCUGGCGGCAUGCAGCAAAUGCUAGGCAUGACAAAGAGAGAGGUCUGGCAUUCUCUGCCGAUUUUCAUCGUUGUCCUUGGUGAAGAUGGACAAUGUGUAUAGUAUUAUUAUGCGUGAUUCUCCGUGCGAAGAUGGAUAACCUGACGUGUUCGGGGCGCUGGAGUAAUUCAAGUGGGGUCUAUUUGCUGGCUUUUCCACUCAAGAGGGGCGCAGGAAGAAUUCAAGGGGCUUCUAUUUGCUGGCUUGUGAGAGGUAGGUACCAAGGGAGUAGAUGAGGAUGGAUUUUUUUCUCCCGAGCAUAACGCACCCUCAUAACGAAGGUAUACAACCUAUCUUUUCGGUUCGGUACAGCCUUAAGAAUGAGUGUGCGUUGUAUUCGGGGGGAAGACGGUAGCUUUCCAAGACUUGUUUGCUAUUCCUGAUAUGCGUGUGCGGGAGGCAGUUCUGGACACUACACUACUUACUGUUUUAGUACGUCAACGAUUAUUUACGAACUGAGUCGUUGGUGGAUGCACUUUCUAUUCGGAGUACGGCGGUAGCGGUCGUAGCGGUGGAGGCGAAACGACGAUGCGGAGGUGGGAGCGGCAGCAAGUUUCGUGUGCGGCGUUGUCUGUGUUGUGGCUCUCCUCUCUCUCCUCUCUCUCCUUUCCUGUCUUUCUUUUCUCCCAAGCCUAGGGAUUGCUCCCUAUCCUCUCCUACCCGCACGUGGGGUAAUUGUUAUCAACGGCCGGUUGGCGUUAGUCGUCCGACGGUCCGCAUGAGGUUGUCCACCAUUUUCCGCAAUGCCAUGAUGUUGCACACCUCAGAGAAGGCGACAGAGGCCUGGAGCUGGGAGUGGGAGGAGACGCUAGGAUGGUCCUUUCUGCCCCGCUGGAAAAGAAAAAGAAUGCGGCUGUUACUCGGUACUUCCGGGAGAAUGAAGAGUGAGCCGCAUGAGGAAACAGUGUGAGAAAGUAGGCAGGAACUGGAACAGAGACGGGAACAGGACUAGAUGCAGGAAUAAGGGGAAUAGCAAUGGCUCAGCAAAGAAUAGCAGGAGGGCGACCAAGUAUUUGCAGGAUUGCGGAGGGAACACGUGGAUAGCUCUAGCGACGUGAACCAUGCGUGUGUGGCUCUCGUGGCGGCCGUCGUAGUAGGGAGAGGACGACGGGGACGGAAAACAGAGGACAAGCAAGGACAAAGAAGAUCGGGAGGAGAAGCCGCGGCUGGCAUUGACAUGGUAUGCUACAGGCAGGAUGGCGAGUGAGAGAGGAAGUACGGAUUCAUGGACUCGGGUCCCGCUUGAGAGAGAGAGAGAGAGAGAGAGAGAGAGAGAGAGAGAGAGAGAGAGAGAGAGAGAGAGAGAGAGUUCAGCGCUGAGAAGUGAUGAGGGACAGGAAAUUCAGGGAGAAUUCAAGAUCGAAUGAUUCUUGACGUGUUUGCUAUUCUUGGUCGUGCAUUAGUUAUUCCUGGUUUGUCAAAUAAACCGAAGGGCGGGAGGGGACGGUAGGCGAGGCCCGCCUUGAAAGAUGUUAGCCCGCCGGGGAAGUAACUGACGAGAUCUCGAGGGUGUAGCACAGGAGCAGUAAGAAGCCACGGCACAGCAACUAGUUUUUCCCAUAACUGUUGAAGUGCGGAAAAGCCUUGUGUACUGGGAAGUAGUGAAAACGAUAUAGGCUUUUGAUGAGAAGCCUUGAGCAUCACGAGGUGAGUGUAAGCAGCGGUGGAGGGAAGGAGGGGAAAAUGGGGAAACGAGCUCAGUGUAUGGCAAUACAAAAAUGUGGUGACUGUGAAAGCAUGAGUAAUAGCGCCUGAUUAGCUAGAGAUUUGUUGUAUGUAUGGGUCUCUUGCGGGUCUCUUGCGGGUCCUCCUCAUGGCUAAAUUGCCGGGUGAAACCGUAUUGGGAAAAAAGGGGCAUCUUCGUCGAAAUGUACUUUCUGUAUAUCCUAAUUUUACUUAGUUAAUAAUGCUGGCGGUGAGACCUUGCUCCAUCCUCCUAGAUGUGCAAGUACUACUACUGCUGUAAUUAGUGGGUGAUUUCGGUUGCGUAGAUAUCUCAGCCGUUUCCGCUACUUGCUAGCCGGCAGACUGCUGCGGGAGUCGGAGGUCAGGAGUCGGCCGAGGAGCUGAACGAGGAGUUGAGCGAGGACCUACCUUCUUCGCCCCAAUACAACGUACGGUCAUUUUAGUUAUAUUUAGACUGAAAGAUACCCCUAAUACAGCUAUAAUGACCGUACGUUGUAUUUGGGGGAACACGGUAGGCCAGGAAUUGGACCUUUGAGGAGGUGGGCGGGCGGGAGUUGCGCGAGGAGGGGGAGAGGAGGGAGUGCCGAAGAGUUCGUGAACUCCGUUCUCCUCUCGCUUGAACUCCAGGAACAUGGAUUGGGUGGGGAGUGCCGUGAGAAGCUGUAAUUGAAAGUGAUUAGCAGCCAUAGAUGAAUCUGUAGAAGUUGUAGUUGAUGAUAUUCCGUAGGUGUGCGGCUGAUGUCACCCAUCGACAGGAAGAAGGGGUUUAUGGUCUCUCCUGUUGGUCAGGGGGGCAGCAGUACCUUUAGAUUGUUACGUGAAACGAAUUGAAUUUCUUUGCUGUUGAGAACAAGUGAUUUUAUUUAAUCUAUAGCCAGACCUAGCUUCCUUGGCUUGCCUUCUUUUAGCUAAGAAUGAAGCCAACACUUCGAAUGGAAUUUGGGAGUACAGGCCGUGCCUUGCUUCCUUUGGGGAAAGGGAAGCGAACAUUCGAGGUCGAGCAGGAUGGGAUGGGCAAAACGAAGUGGGAACUCGUGGAGCAAAGCCGGCGGGAGCUUGAAUGGUCGUGGUUUACAGACCGUUUGACGCCAUUUUACGUCGUCUGCUGUUUCAAAGUUGACAACAGCAACAAUUAUUUAUCUUGGAAGUCUUCCUUUCACUGAUCGGAUCGCCGAUGUUGGUCCGUCUGGCAGUCAGUUGGACAUAUUUGAACCUGUUUUAAGUUAUGACUCCUGAAACUUUCCGAUC